CUGCCAACUUCUUAUCUCUUCCUCCCCAAUCUCUUAGCGAGAGAGAGAGAGAGAGAGAGAUGGGUCCUUCCUCUAUCUGCAAUUCCAUGACAUUAACUUCUCCCGCCCUUCUCAAACGCAUUCACAACCCUUUACUGGAUGGCGUUCGUCCUACAAGUUCAAACCCCUGUUUCCACCUUAAAAGAAGGACUAACUUAACAACAAGAGCCCUUCUCUCAACUACAAAGGAAUCAGUCUUAAAGGAUUUCCACGAACGACGAGCUCUCAAGAUAAUCUCAGGCUUGCAGAAUUUUGAUAGAGACAAUGUCGCAUCCGUAGUUACAGCUGCAGAUAAGGGGGGAGCAACUCAUGUGGACAUCGCUUGUGAUCCAAAGCUGGUGAAGCUUGCUAUCAACUUGACUUCUCUUCCAAUCUGUGUUUCUUCAGUAGAUCCACAGGCAUUUCCAGCAGCUGUUGAAGCAGGAGCUUUGAUGGUGGAGAUUGGAAACUAUGACUCAUUCUAUGACAUGGGUGUGGUUUUCUCUCCAGAACAGAUACUAAAGCUAACAAAGGAGACAAAGAGGAUUCUUCCAUCUGUUGCACUAUCUGUAACUGUACCUCACACACUAAGCCUUCCUGAUCAGGUGAAGCUAGCAGAGCUGCUGGAACAGGAGGGUGUGGACAUUAUACAAACUGAAGGAGGAAAAUCUUCAAGUCCAUCGAAGCCUGGUGUUCUUGGUUUAAUUGAGAAGGCAACACCAACUCUUGCCGCUGCGUAUUCUAUUUCCAGGGCAGUAAAUAUUCCUGUUAUGUGCUCAUCUGGAUUGAGUGCAGUUACUGCACCAAUGGCCUUGACAGCAGGAGCAGCUGGUGUGGGGGUUGGCUCAGCUGUGAACAAGCUAAAUGAUGUCAUUGCGAUGAUUGCAGAAGUUAGAAGCAUCUCCGACUCAUUAACCCUCGGCACUGCUAGCCAUACUGCAGCUGAAGAGAGAAUUACAAAGGAGCUGUAAUGCAUAUGUAUUUUUUGUUUGAUAUUGGAAACAGAUCAACAAGGGUAUAAGAUAAACAUACAAUGAUAAUAAAU